UCCAGUACAGUAGGUGGCGGUAAUGCAUCAUAACGUUGGAUGCCAACCGCCGAUAAACCCCACCGAAGAAGAAGUUGUAGCUAGCUGCUGAAAUCAAGUAGGACGUGAAAUAAGAUUCUUCCAGAGGAAUCUCUUGCUCUUUCUUUUGUAGAACAGAAGAUGGAGGCAGAUUCGUCUCUCCUGAGCUCGGAAAUGGAACUGCAGCAGCAAGAGGAGCUCUACCAACAGCUUUUAAUACAGACAAUGGGAAAAAUGCAAAGUGAAAAUCCUCGUGAUUCUAGAGUCAUCCGGCCACAGCCUGGUCUGUGUGUGAAGACUUUCACCCUGCCUGAUAAACGGAAGGUAUUUGUCAACAUCUGCCAGUCUGCUGCCGUCCCGCCCCCACCCCCCCUCUCCAGGGAGGCACUAGUGGAGCUCCUAGAAUCAGAAGACCCCACAGGAUACAGAGUGCCCAUGAGCAUCGGAGAGGCCCACACAGAGGUGGACAACAACUCCCAAGGCUGCACAGCCUACGACGUGGUCAUCAGUGAAGAUUUCUUCCAGAAAUGCCAGAAGGAUCCUCUAUUCCAGCAGUUUCUGAUCGCUGUGUCAUUGGAGGGGCUGGAGAACAAAUACAACCUGGAGCUCAGCCGAGACUGGAAGGUUCUGAAGAACAGGAAGUUUCUGGGCUCUGUGAACGAACAAAAUAUCCGCACUAAGAGCAAACCUGUGAUUCAGGAAAUAGAACCCAAGGAUACUCACACAGCGCCAGAACCAGCCAAACGGCCAGAGUUCUGUCUGCUGGUGGAGCCCCCUGUAGGUGAUCCAGAGUUUCUGAUAGCCGAGAUACAGCUGCCUGGAGUGGCCUCCUCUCUCUCCCUCGUUCUGGACCUUGGGGAGGACAGGCUUGUCCUGAAUGCCCGGCCCUCCCUCUUUCAUCUGGACUGUUUCAUUCCCUUCUUCAUUGACCAGGAGGGCAGCGUAGCACAGUACAACACCAACACACAGAUUCUCACGGUGACAAUGCCAGUGGUGUCUUCAUGAAGAAGCUGAAUGUCAGAUAUCUGUCCGUUUUUGUUGUAUAUGAAAAUAAAACUGUUAUUUUUAA